CGUCGCAGACAAGCUCGUCACAGCCGAAUCCAUCUCCUACGAGCUUCAUCCAUCACUCACCAGCCUGAUCCAAGAUGAACACCAGCGAAGCCACCGCGAUCGCAAACGAGGGGUCCGAUGCCAGCAGAAAAGCUCCUCUUGCUGCUCCUGCCCGCUUUCCUUUCUUUCUCAGGAAGACCGGUGCUGAUGGGGGAUGGCAGAGAGGCGUCGCCCUGUUCGAGUUCAUCCUGAGGCUUUGCGGCAUCGCUGCUACCCUCGUCGCCGCCAUAACGAUGGGAACCACCAACGAGACCCUCCCUUUCUUCACCGAGUUCUUUCAGUUCCACGCCAACUUCGCCGAUCUGCCCGCACUCACGUUCUUCGUGGUGGCGAAUGCGAUCGCGGCAGGUUACCUCGUCCUCUCCCUCCCCUUCUCCCUCGCCAUCAUGGUCCGGCCACGAGCAAUCGGUCCCCGGCUUCUGCUAUUCAUCUGUGACACAGUAAUGGUUGCUCUGACGACAGCAGCAGCCUCCGCGGCGGCGGCCAUCGUGUACUUGGCUCACAACGGCGACGCCAAGGCCAACUGGAUCGCCAUCUGCCUGCGCUUCGAUGGCUUCUGCCAGCGCAUCAGCGGAGCCGUCGUGGCGUCCUUCAUAGCGGUCGUCUUCUUCUUCGUCUUGGUGGUCAUGUCCGCCCUUGUCAUGCGGAAGCAUUAGCGAGCGACGCCGUCGCUCUCUUUCUGGUGUGUGCGCAGGUCUCAAGUCCUUUGCUAUCUCCUCUCCGUCGUGUUCUGUGAUGCCAAAGUUCGAACGUGUUGCGUUGUGUUGUUCUGCGAUUUGAUACUUACACGACGAUUCCAUGAUAUUAAUUUCUCUUCAA